AUCGAUGAUUUGUUUUGCAGCCCUGGUGUUGUGACAUCAGAGUUGGAAAGUUGUUAAUUUUUCAGGCAUGUCGGAAAAAAAGGAUAAGAAAUACAAGAAAAGCCGGGAGGAAAUCCGCAGAGAAAUUGCCCGUGAGUUCGACUUGCCCGAACGCAAAUCCAAGAUAGCCACAAUACUGAAGCAGGAGGACCAGGCGUACUGCAUAUGUCGCACCUCCGACUGCUCCCGGUUCAUGAUCGGCUGCGAUGGCUGCGAGGAAUGGUACCACGGCGACUGCAUUGGCAUCACGGAGAAGGAGGCCAAACACAUCAAGCAAUACUUCUGCUGUCGCUGCAAGCAGGAUAACCCAGAACUGCAGACAAUAUUCCGACUGGUGGCCACCGAGCGCGCAGCCGCCUCCAAUGCGGCCUCCACCAGCGGCUCCCACACACACGGAUCAGGUCCGCCCGCAUUGCCUGCCGCUCCACCGGUCGCAUCCCACCCCAAGCGAAAGCACAGCAAUGCCAAAGAGCCCAAGGCAGGAAAGCGUUGCGGCACCUGCGAAGGAUGUCGUCGCCCCAAUUGCAAUCAAUGUAAUGCCUGCCGAAUUCGGGUGGGCCACAAGCCACGCUGCAUCUAUCGCACAUGUGUCGCUCAGGCGGCUGCCGUGUCCGAGCCGCAGGCAUCGGGGCCCUCAAGGAAACGCGAAAAGGCCUCGGCCAAGGCUCGCAAGACAAAGGUCGGGAAUCGUGUGGCCAGUCCCGAAGUGUUCCUCAAUCCCGAGCUAGAGGGAACGCGUCAGUGCCACGGCCCUGGCUGCUGCUGCCAGGCGCGUCCCCAAAGCAAGUACUGCAGCGACAAGUGCGGCUUUAAUCUGGCGACCAGCCGCAUAUUCCAGGUAUUGCCACAGCGUCUGCAGGAAUGGAACCUAACGCCCUGCCGUGCAGCAGAGGAUAAUCGCACUCAGCUUGAGACCAUCCGGGAUAAGCAAUCGAUGGUUCGCUUCGCUCUCGCCGAGCUCGAGAAGCGCUCCGACGAACUCAACAUGGUGGUGGAGCGGGCCAAGCACAGUGUCAUUGAAAAACAGACCGCAAACGACAAUGGGGAUGUUGAGGAUGAGCAAAGCAUGUAUUGCAUCACCUGCGGCCAUGAAAUCCACUCGCGCACCGCCAUCAAACACAUGGAGAAGUGCUUUAACAAAUACGAAUCUCAGGCCAGCUUCGGCAGCAUUUUCCAGACCCGUAUGGAGGGCAACAACAUGUUCUGCGACUUUUAUAAUCCGGCCAGCAAGACCUACUGCAAGCGACUGCGCGUUCUGUGCCCCGAGCACAGCAAGGACCCGAAAGUGAACGAUACCGAUGUCUGCGGCGCUCCCCUCGUCGUCAAUGUCUUCGAUCCCACCGGACAGUUCUGUCGUGCACCGAAGAAGAGCUGCUUCAAGCACUAUGCCUGGGAAAAGAUCCGGCGGGCCGAGAUCGAUCUGGAGCGCGUCCGUCAGUGGCUGAAAAUGGAUGAUCUAAUGGAGCAUGAGCGCGGCUAUCGGCAGCAGCUCAGCUCUCGUGCCAAUCUGCUUGGCCUCAUGCUACACUCCACGUACAACCAUGAGGUAAUUGACGAGCUGGUCCGCAAGCAGAACGAGCAGCUGGCCGAGUUCGAGAAGCAGCAGCAGCGUCGUCAGCAGCAGCAUCAUCAGAAGGAGAAGCACCACAAGCACCAAGAGCACCAGGCACAGACACAGACACAGCCAAAGCAGCUGCCAGCUCAAUCCCAAAAUCCUCAGCGACAACCACUGCAACAACAGCAGCGACAGCAACAGCAACAGCAGCAACAAUUACAAACGGAUCAAAGAGCAAAGGCUGCAACCAUCUACCAGCAUGGUAGAUGCUAGAGAUUCCCAUUUAGCAACUUCAAUUCACUUUUUCUUCACCAUCACCCUGGGCAACAUACACAUUUGACACUUGCCGCCGGCUUUUGGCUCUGGAUAGAGAUUAUUUUCUUCUUUUUUUUUUUGGAGUGGAAGUAGCAUAAACCGCGCAGAGGUUGCUAUGCGUCCGGACAAGGGCCCGCCCAUGUUUGUUAUUGAAAACUAAGCAUUAAAAUAUGCAUUUAUUGAUAGCAACAACCAUGUGUAGUACCAUAACAACCAUGGGUUGGCACACUU